AUGUGGCCCCCUCAUCGUGCCCGUCCCAGAGCUGGUAUGUCUGAACAAACAAGGGAAAAAAAAAUAGCAGCAGGAAAGAAAUUACUGCACGAAUAUCAACAAAAAAAAUGUCCUGAUGGACCUGAAAAAAUCAAGAAAAAGAAAACUAAAAAGGUAGGGCACCCCAAGACAAACACCUCUGGGGUCCAACCAAUUAAGGGUCCAACCAAAGACCAUGCUGACCCUGAGCCUCCCCUACCUUUGGACACAGACAGAGCUGCCAGGGUGGAGAGAGUCACAGGUCCCAAUGUCAGUGAGGAUCUGGAGAGGCGCUACCAACAGCUGGUGCUUGCCCUGGACUCCAGCAAAAUAAGAAACCUACAGCUCUGCAGUGAGAUCGAACAAUUGAAGAAGGAAAACAAAGACCUGCAGGAUCGAGAGAAAGAAAAUGAGGAGAUGGCCCGUGUGCACGAAGCACUGAAAAGAGAGCUGGAAAUCCACAAACUAUCACUAGAGAUGAUGGUUUCAAAAGAACACAAUUUACGAUCUGCCCUGGACCACAUGGUGGCCACACAGCAGCAUGCUGCGGAGCUAGAGAGGGCAUUGUCUGCAGUCACCACCUUGCAGAAUGAGACUGAGAAAAAGAACCUACAACUCAUUGAAGACAUGAAUAAUGUGAAGCUUCAGCUCCAAGAAAAGACCAGAAGCUAUGAUGACUUGAAGAAAGUGAACACCAAGUUGCAGGAGAAGCUGGAAGUGCUCGGGACACAGAAGAGCAACAUGCAGAACAGAAUUUGCAAGUUUCAACAAGCACUAGUGGAGCGGGAAGCACUGAAAAACCGACUAUACAACCUGGGAAGUCGAGUGACCACAUUAAAGUUGGAGAGAGACACCUUUGCGGAGGACCUGAGGGUGGAGAGGUCCACGUGGAAGGAAAAGGUCCAACAGCUCUCAGAGCAGAUGAACCAACUACAAAAGGAGAGAGAGCAAGGGGUGAGGCAGGUACUGGACCUAGAGACCAACCUGGCAGGACUGAGAAAGCAGCUGGCAGAGCUGCAGCGCCCUGCAGGACCAUCUCAAGCUGAGCAGCAGCUGCAGGCCCAGGCCUACCAGAUGCAGGAGGAGUUAAAAAACUUGGAACAACAACUUCACAUCCAGGUACAAGAAAACCAGAGCCUCCGUAUCCAGAAUGCAGAGCAGCAGGAGCGGCUGCAGAGACUGGAAAUGAAGGCUGAGGAAUGGAGUCAGUGUGCCGAGGAUCGGCACAAGAUUCUUGAGGCGAUGCAAUGCACACAUGUGCACAGCAGAGACCUGAAAGAGCAGCUGGCUCAGCUGCAGGACGCUUUCCACAGGCUGAGCCUGGAGAAGGAGCAGCUUACCAGCAGCCUGAACACAGAGCAGCAGGUGAAGAAACAUCUGCAGGAGAAGUUGGACCAGUUAAAGGAAAAGUUAGAGGAGUGGAAAGACAUGCACAUCACCUCCAAUCAGCAGCUGACCUGGGAGAAGGAGGCUCUGCAGCAACACCUGUGGAGGCAGACCCAGAUGCUGGAGCAGCUGAAGCAGGUACAGGAGCAGACCAAGUUGGGGGACCAGAUGGUGUCUCAAAAGUUUCAGGAUAUUCUGAAGUGCCUGGAAGCAACUAAACAACAGAAGGAGCAACUACAGGCCCAGCUGAGCUUCCUGGCUUUCACUAGAGAAAGUGAAGGAGUACACAAUGAAGAAGAUAGUGAGGAGGCAACUCUAUCUGACCUGACUGUCCCAGAAGAUAUAGACAACCCACAAACCAUGAAAGAUUUUUACAUUAAAGCCCUAGCAGUGGCUGAAUCAAAACAGAUAAAACUUAGCAAGCAGCUGCAGAACCAGCAGGCCCACUGCAGGUGCCUGGCCAACCUGGCAGCCCAGUGCCAGACGAAGCUGGAUCAACAGGCUCUCUUCCCCAAGAGCCAGAACCAUGGCGUGUCUGGCAGCAGGAAGCAGGACCCACAGGUGUCCAAGAAGAAGCCGAAAAUCUGCUUCAUCCAUGACCUGCCUGACGAGGUGGACUUCCAAAGUCAAGUGGAUGACCUCCAACAUCGAUGCAGAGAAGGCACGGAGAGCCAGAGCAAAAUGCCCGCAGACACCAAGACCCCCGCAGACACCAAGACCCCCGCAGACACCAAGGCCCCCGCUGCUAACACCACUUCAGACUUGUUAAGCCCCAUGAAGAUUGGGGAGGAGCAGAAAGGUUUUGAAGAAGUGCAACUUGAAGAAAAUGUGGAACCUGCCCGAGUAGAGGCUGGGGGGCCUUGCCCCCCAGAGGUCUCCACCCCACAGCACGUCGUGCUGAUGAUGCCCGAUAUCCAGCAACACCACGAGCACUCUGUCCCUUUCUUCUCCCGACUGAUGCAAAUAAUGAGUUUGAGAUAA